GAGGGGCCGGCGCCGGGGGGGCUAGCGCCGCCGCAGAGCCGUGCUGGGCAGACUGCUUAAAAAUGUAGGGUCUCUCCUCUCCUCAGGGGGGGACUGCUCACCCCGCGGGGUGGGCUGUGCCGUGUGCGGGUGCCAAGCGUUGCUGUGAUGGUAUCCCAAUGCUGCGAAGCACAGGGGAAACUUGGCUUUUACGCGUGCUUGUGUUUUCUCCUCAAAAAGAAAAAACAAAUGGAACAUCUUUACAGUAACUCUAAUAUAUUACUUUCAAUUCUUCCACACUGGAAUUUUAAUUUACGCAAAAGCUCUGUAUCCCUUAUAACCGUCUGCACUGCGCACUUCACCGAUGUGCUUCAGCAGUUUGGCCUUGCCUCCAGUUAAUGUACAGGGGGACACGGGCAAAGUUAAAUGGGAGGGAAGUUGGAGGGCUCCUCUGUAGUGGCCCCAUCAUGUGGUGUAUGGUCACAGGUAACAUAGUUAUGCUGGAGACUUUUAAUAAUUGAGAGAUUCCUGAAUUAGGUAGAAGAUUGCCUGAGCUGCAAAGAUGUUGGAAGAAGAUAUGGAGGUGGCCAUCAAAGUGGUGGUAGUAGGAAAUGGAGCUGUUGGAAAAUCCAGUAUGAUUCAGAGAUAUUGCAAGGGGAUUUUUACAAAAGACUACAAGAAAACUAUUGGGGUAGAUUUCCUGGAGAGACAAAUUCAAGUUAAUGAUGAGGAUGUCAGGCUAAUGUUAUGGGACACUGCUGGUCAAGAAGAAUUUGAUGCAAUAACUAAGGCCUACUACCGAGGCGCCCAGGCUUGUGUUCUUGUGUUUUCUACAACUGACAGAGAGUCCUUCAAAGCAAUCCCUACCUGGAAGGAAAAAGUGGUGACCGAAGUUGGAGAUAUUCCCACAGUUCUUGUACAGAAUAAGAUUGAUCUCCUUGAUGACUCUUGUAUAAAGAACGAAGAGGCAGAAGCACUGGCAAAAAAGCUAAAGUUAAGGUUCUACCGAGCAUCUGUGAAAGAAGACCUAAAUGUAACAGAAGUUUUUAAAUAUUUGGCUGAUAAAUAUCUUCAAAGGCUCAAGCAACAAACAGCUGAAGAUCCAGAACUAGUACAUACAAGCAGUAACAAGAUUGGCGUUUUUAAUACGGCUGGUGGAAGUCACUCCAACCAGAAUUCUAGCAGUCUUAAUGGCGGAGAUGUCAUCAACCUUAAACCAAACAAACAGAGGACCAAGAAAAACAGAAGUCCUUUUAGCAACUGCAGCAUACUUUAGACCACUUUUGGAGGAAAAAGAAUGACAGUGAACUGGAUGAAGUUGUGCAAUUCAAUAUGGAAUACAGCCAGCUGUAGAGGUAUUUUACCAGUGCUUUAGCAAGUCUCUUGUGCCUAUGGGAUCUUUGAUAGAUGGUGGAUUUAAAUAAAAUUGCUGAUGCAGUGGUUUUUGAUGAGUAGAGUGAGACACCUGGUGGCAAAACAUAGAACCAUGGCUGCCCUGUGCACUUUCUAAAAAUUAAGCAAGCUUCUUCUGUUUGAAGGAAUUAUUUACUGAGCUAUGAACUAGGUUUUGCUGAAUUGUGAAGCACAUUUAACAUAAGGAUAAUGCUUACAAUUAUAGGUACAGACCAUAAUAUUAUGGCCCAAGGUGAAGUAGCCACUUCCAACUACAUUUAAAAGAAAACAUGUUAGAAUUGCGUAGCCAGGACAUUAAAAAGUUAAAUGAAGAGCACAAUGAAGACAUCAUAUUUUAUGCCAGACUAUAUUCAUAUAGAUUCUGGCAAUUCUGUUAGUGCAAUGUACUUGUGGUAUAUGAGUGUUAAGGUGUAUGUGUAAACAUUUGGUAUGAAUAUUUAGGCUAAAUUCAAGUGUAUAUGUUAUCUGACUUAUUGUGCAGACCAGCUAAUGAUUUUUAAAGUAUUUUUUCCUUUAAAAGUUUUGCAUUUCAGAUGAGACUUUCCCAGUUGGUACUGUGUAUGUUUAGCUUGCUACACCUUGGGCCUAAAAGCUUAGAUUUAAAAAUGUAUGGUGCCAAAAAUGUUACUACUUUUUAUCUAAUGCUGUGCUACAGAUGUUCUUGUAAGUUUGUUUUUCUCAGUCUUAACAGGUUGAACAAAUAACAUGGUCUCUGACACUAACAAUUAUCCAGAUGGAACCUAUAAAAAUAAUCAUAUUCCUAUCCAAAACUUGAUUGCUGUAUGCUGUAUCAUCUAUGAAAAAAGAAUCUGAAAAGUGGUGUCACAAAAUGUUUAAGUUCUUUGUAGAAAUUCUUCUUGGAUAUCAUAAAACUAGACUGUGAAGGAUCUAAGAGAUUGCAACUGAUGACUUAAUUACAUUAAUGAGACUUUCUGUAAUGUUUUCAUAGAUUCAGAGCUAACUGCUGGUUAAAGAAAGUCUAAUCAGCAAGAUUAGAGACGGCAAAAAUUUUUCAAAGUGCUUAAGUAAUUUACAGAAGUGAUUUAGACAUUUAGGAGCCCAAAUCUAAAUUAAAUUUAUUUGGGCUUAGGCUCCUAAAUCACUAAGGUGCUUUAAAAAUGUUGAUCAAGAUAUCUCUUAUUUACCAAAAGUAAACACUUUUUAAUCCUCUUCAAAAACAUGCAUUCAUUUUAAAAUGUUCACUUUGUUUACAUGUGUUUUGUGGUAUGAUAUAAUUUUAACUUUCUAGGGUUUCUAUAACUAACUUGCCAGUGACAAAUGCAAAAUACUCUGCUUGAAAAAAAAAAUUAAGAGUUUUAAUAUUUUUUUAAAUAGUGUAUGAGAUUGAAAAUUACUUGACUGAUCCUGUAUAUUUUAAGAGGAAAGACUUUUCACUGUGUGAAUUCAUGUAGGAAGCUUGACUUACUUUAUUUCUAAGUCAAUGAGUAUGAAAUCUGAAAUGUACUCUUGUCCCACUGUCUGCAGGGAGAGAAGUGGGUGGCAACAGUUAUGCACAAACACUAAAGAUCUCUGAACUCUGUUUUAUGUUGACUGUAUUAGAAUUUCUGCCGAGUACCUUUGUUUCUUUGACAAGCUGUUGCAGCAUCUCCUAUUGCUGGCAAGAAGGCGGUCUUCAAGGCACUCGAUCCCCUUUGCUAUUGCAGCAAAACUGUGUGUUCUUCACCAUGUGUUUCCUAUAUUCUCUCUUGGAUAAGGGCCUUUAUUUUUUAACAAGUGCAUUUAAUCACAGUAUGUAUGUGUAAAUGGAGUUGAGUUCCACCUGUCACAGCAGUUUAAGAAGUAAGGUAUUUAGGAUUUAGUAACAAAGAGACUUAUAACUGUACAUAAGGUGGCCAUCUUACUACUUAGGUUAGAAUGUGCACAUGAAGAAUUUUUAAAAAUGUUUUUAAUAUGGAAACUUUUACAUUUCACUGUCUGUCUGCCAGUUUCUGGUUUUUUUAAGCAAACAGACCCACAAAGUGUCUGAAACAUCUUUUUGUCUUAUUUAACUUUGUACAGAGUACUGAAAAAUAAGUCAUUAUUACGUAUAAUGAACGCUUGUACUAUUACAUAUUAUACUUCAGACCAUACUAUUACAUAUAAUAGCCAUUUGUAUUUUAAGGUCUGUCAUUAUAAACCACUAUUUUAAGAACUGAAAACUCAAUAGAAGUUUUCAUAGGUGGAGACUUGACAGACCUGCUAAAUUUAGGAGAUGUUGAAAUUUAGUAUUUACUGGUUUUAAGCUAAGAAUAUAUUUGCAGCAUUGGAUAACAAUCCAUUUUAAUUCUAAUCCCAUCUUAAUUGUAAAGUGGCUUUUUCUUUGUACUUUGCAGUGCUCUUCUCCACAGUGACAGAGAUGGAAACUGUCCAAAUUAGCAUUUGUCAGGAGAGUCCUCUGCAUGUAAAUUACUUUAAAAUUUACAUUUUUUUUUCUCCUGGUUUUAGUAUGCAGAUGUGAACCAGAUGACUUGCAUAUUGCAGAAUUCCUUAGGUAUUCACAUCGCUAUUCAGUGGGAGUAGUUUUUGACUUUUGGAUGAGAAGACAGGCCUAAACUUUUAGCACUCAGGUAGACCCUUGGGAAAAAACUUUUAUAAAUAAACAUUGCCCCAUUCCCCACUCAGUGUUCUCAUUAAAAUAUCCUAAUACAGUUUGUUUACCAAAACCUGUGCAUGCAGAGCUGGUAAUAAAAACGCCCUCCUCUGUGCAUCUUGCGUGACUCCUUGGUGGAGGGGGAUGUAGCUGUCUAUUAUACCUGUGGUAAAGCAGCGUACUGUGUUGUGAGCAAUAGAUGUUCCUAUCACAAGACACGAAGUUUUGUUCUGUGAGACUAAACCUGUUUUAUCUGUUAAUAUCUCUUAAAUAGCUACAUUGGAUAUAUUAUCUGGAUCUUGCCAAUAUUCUCCGCUUUCAGCUGAUAACGCUACCACUGAUGGAAAACUCCAGUAAUUGUUAAUGCCUUAGUGAAAUAAGCAUUCACUAAAGACUCUGUACACGAAAGCAUCUGUCACUCCUGUGUUAUAUCCAUUCAGUGAAUGGGUGUUCUCCCAGUAAGUGGGGCAUCAUUUGAUGCGAAGUAGUAAUGCUAGGAUGCAUUUCCAACUGGAAAUAACAAAUCUCAAAGUUGUAAGAUUGGUCACUCUAAGAUUUGUGUGUGUGUGUGUGUGUGGUUAGUUUAAAAAUUAAAAUAUUCCAGUUAAGACAAUUUUGGAGCUUUCUUAUUUUCAUUGUUUCUUAAGACAAAGCUUACCUUUUUUGUCAAAAUGUCCGAAUUACCGUACUGUCAGUCUGAUUUCCUGUUAAUUGUCUUAUUUUUUGCUAUUGGGCUACAGCAUAUCUGACAUGCAGUUUUCCUUUACAUCACUUCUGUAGAUGUAUGUUAUUACUAAAGGGAAUUGAGCAGCUGAACACAUUGUAGUGCUUAGCAGUUUUGCCUGAGUACAUGCAGAACACCCAGUGAACGUGCACAUUGAACCUGUUAAUUCAUCUAGUCAAGCUGAUUAGCUAGCUACCCAUUAAUCGGUGAUAUAAUCCAUUAUUUGCACUGGUGGACUCACUUGUGGGAAUUCAGUCAUACAGCAAACAAACAAACAAACAUGCUUCUUGUAUUCCAGUGACAGUACCUAAGUCCCUACUGCUUUUCUAAAUGGGAUCAUAAAUCUCUGGCUAAAAUUGUAGUUCCUAAACCCUAACUGAACAUCAAAUGGAGAGUAAACAUGGUCCAAUCAGCUUGAUUUCAUCAAAACUACCUUACCAUAUUUCCAUAGGAAUUAUCAGUUGUGUGUAUCUUUUUAUGUGCUCAAAUAGUAUCUGAGGCUUACAAAUGAAAAUACUUCUUUCUUAAAGGUAGGAAUGAUAAAUUUAGGACUGACGGUGCUAGAGUAGAAUGAGAGAAAUUUUAAACAAUUCUAUUUUAAAUAAUAAAUUGUGUUCUGUAUGAGAGCUGAGACAGUCAUCUCAAUGCCAGUUGAGUCCUAUUUAUGCAGUACCAAAUUAGCCUCAUUCUCAGGGUACUAGUAAUAUUAAGGUAAUACUGAUACAUAGUUAGUGGAGUGAAUAUUCCUGUUGUCUCUUACUGAGAUAAAUGUUCAGCAGAACCAACUCAGGUUGGUCAAAAAGUAUUAAAAAAAAAAAAAUCUGGACCCGGAGAAAUACUGUUCUCAUUGCUUAGAUAAUUGUUACUUACAAAAUUGUUACUUGCAAGAUACAUUGUUACUUACAAAUUGCUUGCUCUAUUUGCAAGUUCAUGUGAAUCUGAAUGGUUAAAACAGAUAAUGUAUACAAGUGUUUUUAUCACCUUCAUGCACUCCAGUUAAUGUAAUAUAUAUUUUUAGAAAAACAUGUCAAUGUAACUUACAGUUAAUCCUCAAGUGGAAAAAUAAAUGUUUAAAAUUAAA